GUUGCUCCUUCUCUGCGUGUGUGUCUGCUUUCUCCGCCAUUCCUUUACCAAAAUCGGCAUCUAUAAAUAGAAUCCACUUCUUCGAGAUCUGAUACUCUGAUACAUAACAAUUCUUCAAAACAAUCUUUGAAUCAACACCCGAAGAAAAAUGGCCGAGAAAGAAGGAGAAAAACAGGUCGAAGAAGAGAAGAUGCCUCUUCUCACCCCUUACAAAAUGGGCAAAUUUGAGCUUUCUCACAGAGUUGUAUUGGCACCUCUAACAAGGCAAAGAUCCUAUGGGAAUGUCCCUCAGCCGCAUGCAAUCUUAUAUUACUCACAAAGAACAACAAAAGGAGGCCUUCUUAUUUCAGAAGCGACUGGUGUUUCCGACACUGCCCAAGGGUAUCCAGAAACACCAGGUAUAUGGACAAAGGAACAAGUAGAGGCAUGGAAGCCAAUUGUGGAUGCUGUUCAUGCAAAAGGAGGAAUCUUUUUCUGUCAAAUUUGGCAUGUUGGAAGGGUUUCAAAUACUGGUUUUCAGCCAAAUGGGCAAGCGCCAAUAUCUUCUUCUGACAAAGAACUAUUUCCUCAACUACGAAGCAAUGGAAUUGAUGUUGCAAAGUUUACACCACCAAGGAAGCUAACUACAGAGGAGAUUCCACUUGUUGUUAAUGAUUUCAGAAUUGCUGCAAGAAAUGCAAUUGAAGCUGGUUUCGACGGAGUUGAGAUCCACGGCGCUCAUGGUUACCUGAUCGAGCAAUUCAUGAAAGAUCAAGUGAACGACCGGACCGAUCAAUACGGCGGCUCUUUACAAAACCGCUGCCAAUUCGCUCUGGAAAUCGUCGAGGCGGUCGUCAACGAGAUCGGACCGGAUCGAGUCGGGAUCCGACUAUCCCCAUUCGCGGAGUACAUGGAAGCUGCUGAUUCGAAUCCGGAAGCUUUAGGUCUUUACAUGGCGGAGUCUCUGAAUCAAUAUAAAAUUGUUUAUUGCCAUAUGGUGGAACCGAGGAUGAAGAAAUCGGUGGGGGAAACAGUUGAAAGUCCGCAUAGUCUUGUCCCGAUGAGGAAAGCGUUCAACGGGACUUUUAUUUCGGCCGGUGGUUUUGAUAUGGAAGACGGGAAUACGGCGGUGGCGGAGAAUCGGACGGAUCUUGUUGCUUAUGGUCGUUUGUUUUUGGCGAAUCCGGAUCUGCCGAAACGGUUUGAGCUUAGGGCUCCGCUUAAUAAGCCUAAUAGGGAGACGUUUUAUUCGCUGGAUCCGGUUAUUGGGUAUACAGAUUACCCGUUUCUUGAGACCAAGGUUUAAAUUUGCUGCGAUUAUUGUUGGCAUAAACUAAGAAUUUUAUGUAGAGAAAGAAAGAAGGCGAUAUGGAGAUAAUGUGAUGUUACUUAUGCAAGUGUGUUUUGUCUUUAAGUAUGUUAUGUUACAAAAUAUUCUAUUCAUUUAGUUUUGCAUAAUGAGAUCAAGCUAGCGAGGGACACACACAGACCAUAAGAUAUCAAUAUUUUAAAAGUUGCGUUUUGUAUGAAUGGAACAGAAACAAGAAACUAGAAACACAAAUGUUAUGAAUGGAAC